AUUCACCGUUUUGGAGGUUCGAAAUUCCAUUGUGACUAUUUCACUAGUUUCACAAAUUUCAAAUCACAGCCUCAUCUAAACCUUAUCUCCAAAACAGCCCCAACCAUUUAAUAAACUUCUCAAAUGAGUCCUUAUUAACGACUAAAACUAACAAGCCUUCCAAAAAAAAAAAGAAUCCGACCAACUGGAAUACUCACCGCCAAACUCUCCAGCAAUGGCGACAACUACCUUACUCUGCUACCCAAAACCCAUUUUCGAACAAAAUCAUUCCACUCCAACUCUUCAUAAACCCAAAAUUCCUCAAAAAACCAGGCAUCUGACCAGAAAGGUUUCAAGUCGCCGCUUAAUUUGGAACCAGGAAACCGUUGUUGGUCUAGUCGGUUCGGGUCUGGUUUUGGCGCUUGUGGAUCCCGCUUUGGCCUCCGAGUUGCCGCCGUUGUUGCUGGGUUCUUCUUUGCAGCUUAGUGAACCCGCUAAUGCCUUGUCUCUGCCCACAUGGGCCAUACAUGUCUCCAGCGUUGUCGAAUGGAUUACAGCAAUGGCUUUGGUUUGGCAAUAUGGAGAGAAAUCUGGGUUUGAAUCAUGGAAGGGUCUCUCCUGGGGUAUGAUCAAAAUGGUAGAGGAUCUACGUUGCCCCUUACUCUUGUUGAGAAAUCCUUCCACUAGAUCCGUUUACCCAUUAUGGAGGAUGGCCUCAUGUACCUCUACUCGGUGGAGCAUUUUGUGCAUGCACAUGGCAUUUCUUUUACAAUUCUGAAUCUCUUGAGCAUGAGUCUUGAUCCAUUCUGCCAAUAUUGAGUUGUAGGUAUUGGUGGCUCUUCAGGCUGCCCUGACAGUCAUCGGUAAUGCCACAAUGUGUUUUGCUGCAUUUCGUAUCUGCAAUUUAUCAGACAAACGUUCCCAGAAGCUAUGAAGUUCCCACAACUAUAAUCCACUGAAUGUGCCUGAAGGAAUAUCGCCCACUGCUAUCCUUUCAUUGGAUAGCUAAAUUAGGGCAGCAGCUAUCUUUACAACAAUAGCCAUAAUUGUUUACCUUUAGCAGAAAGGAAAGGACUUGGCAGGCUGGAAGCUUACUGAUUAGCGACAAACUAGUUUUUCACCAGGGAAAAACGUUGUAUUACCUACCCUUUAAAUAAAUGGAAAACAUUUUUCUCUCAUGCUUGUUUAAGAAUGGCUGGAAGGAGCCUGAGAGUCAAAUGUUAUCAUGUUUUGAGCUGUGUCUAUAAUAAUGAAAGCCUCUCCCUUGUUGUGCCUGCUCAGUUUCUCAACCCACCGGUUUGACUUAAGCCUCUCUCUGGUUGGAUUUAAAUUACGAACUUUUCUUUUAAAAAAAGAUUUAGUUAACACCUAUUGCACUUUUCAGUA